AUGGUUGCUGGAAGGAAUGAUGAUGCGCUUGCGAUGACAUUGACCAUGUUGGUUGGUGCCAUUCUGCAAAUGAAUGUUGGUGAUCGGGAGCGUGAUGCUGAUGAGUUUUGUGCUUUGGGGAAGUUCCAGAGGAACAAUUCGUUAACUUUUGAAGGAGCUCAUGAACCUGAAAAAGCUCAAGAGUGGUUAAAGGCGAUUGAGAAAAUAUUUCGAGUUAUAAACUGUUCAGAUGCACAAAAGAGAUUUGAUGAGGAUGGCAUUGAAGUGACUUGGGCACUUUUCCGUGAUGCUUUUAUGGAGAAGUAUUUUCCAAAAGAUGUUCGUGGAAAGAAGGAAAUUGAAAUCCUUGAGUUGAAGAAAUGUAAUGGUACCGUAGCUGAGUAUGAUGUAAAGUUUGAGGAGUUGAUCAAAUUUUGUCCCCAUUACAAUACUGCUAAUGCUGAGAGAUCCAAGUGUCUUAAGUUUGUGAAUGGCUUGAGACCUGAUAUCAAGAAGGCAAUGGGUUACCAAAAAAUUACGAGAUUUUCUGAGUUGGUUAACAAAAGUAUGAUCUAUGAUGAGGAUAGCCAUGAGAGUGUUGCUCAUUACAAGUCCUUGCAUGAUAAGAAAGGAAAAGGGAAAUUGCAAGGUCACAAAUCUUUUGAUUGUAGAGUUGGUUCGAAUGUGACUUGCUACAAUUAUGGUGAGCAAGGGCGCAUUAGUACCAAGUUCAACAAGCCGAAGAAGGAGCAAGCCAAAGGGAAAGUGUUUGCAUUGUUCAGUGUUGAUACUUCUACUAAGGAGAUAUUGAUUCGAGGUACAUGCUUUAUUAAUAAUAUGCCUUUGAUUGCUAUUAUUGAUACCGGUGCGAUGCAUUCUUUUAUUUCUCUGGAUUAUGCUAAGAGAUUGAAUCUUGAAUUAUCUGUUAUGCGUGGAAGCAUGGAUAUUGAUACUCCGGCUAUGUGCUCAAUGACUACUUCAUCUGUUUGUUUGAAAUGUCCGUUGAAUAUUUGUGAUAAAUAUUUUAAAUUUGAUUUAGGGUGUCUUCCAUUGAGUCAACUUGAUGUUAUUUUGGGAAUGGACUGGUUGAGGGCCAACCAUGUCUAUAUCAAUUGUUUUCCGAAAGCUGUUCUUUUUCUUGAGCCAGAGAAGGAAGGUGAUUUACUCUUGUCUACUCAACAAGUGAAUGAAUCUGUACGAGAUGGUGUUGAAGUGUUUAUGUUGGUGGAAAGUUUAAAGCUUAGUGAAAAUGGAACAAUGGGUGAAUUUCCAGUUGUUUGUGAUUUUCCUGAAGUGUUUCCUGAUGAGGUUAGCGAUUUGCCGCCUGAACAUGAAGUUGAGUUCACGAUUGAUUUGAUUCCUGGUACUAGUCUGGUAUCGAUGGCUCCGUAUCAUAUGUCACCAUUUGAGUUGAAAGAGUUGAAGAGUCAACUAGAGGAUUUGCUUGAUAAGAGGUUUAUUCGUCUGAGUGUGUCACCGUGGGGUGCACCUGUCUUGUUAGUUAAGAAUGAAAUUCUGGUAUCAGAUACAAGAUGUCGAAGGUGA